AUGUUCAGGUAAUUAUUAUUAACCAUGCGCCGCAUAUCUGAGAUAAUCGACCCAAAAAUUGAUAUUUGGGCUAAAAAUUCGUAAAAUUCUAUAUUUUUCAACCGAAAACCCUUGAAAACUUUAAAGUUCUCAGGAAUUUUCAGAUUUUUAGUCAAUUUUAGAUGUUUCUGGUGAAAAUUUUGAUAAAAUUUGGAAUAUUUUUGAAUUUUUUAAGAUGAGCAAUACUCCUUACCUCAGGGGCUAAAACUUUGAAGUUUCCUAAUAUGAACAAUGAUUUUUCACCAAAAAUUUUAUGCUCUUCUUGAUUUUCCCAAAAAAAAUGCAGUUUAGCCUAAUCUCAGAGAAUUCUAGAAUUUUCUCUAAAGUGUUGCUUAUGUUGAGACAUUUCCUAUUUUCAUUGUAGCACUAUCACUGCAAAAGUUUUUUAAUAAUUUGUAGGGUUGGAAAAACAGUGUAUUUGCGUACACGGAUACACGCGCAGCCAAAUACACGAAUACACGGUACACGAAUACACGCGAUACACGAAUACACGGAUACACGAAUACACGCAAUACACGAAUACACUGUACACGAAUACACUGUUUUCUUCUCUUCUCAAGCAAUUCAGAAAAAAGCGUGUAUUCGUGUACUGCGUGUAUUCGUGUACCGUGUAUCGAGCGCGUGUAUUCCUGUAUUUUUUUCCAACCCUAAUAAUUUGAAAAGUCCACGUAGAAAUAAAUUUUCAGAAAAUUCCGAUUUCCAGGAAGAUUUUGGUGCCAAAAUUAGUAGAUAUCAAAGUUCUGGCGCCAAAAAUAUGCUCAAAUUUUCAUCAAAUUUUUUGAUUCUGUGUCGAUAAGUAGCAAUUUUAAGCUUAAAAAGCAUGAAAAUGUAGACUUUCAAGUUUUUAUAGCUGAAAAUGAAACGAAAUGUUGACGAAUUGGGGGAUUUGAAAUAGGAUUAUGCGGUGUGUGCAACUAACGAAUUUAAAAAAAAAUUAAUCAUUUUCAGGUGGAUUGUUCAACAUAUCAAUAAAUCACUCGGCCAAAGUCAAUCAUCUGUCAAUUUUAUUGGAGUUAUUGACAUCGCUGGUUUUGAAAUAUUCCAAAAAAAUUCAUAUGAACAAUUGCUCAUCAAUUACACCAACGAAAAGCUCCACCAACUAUUCAAAGAUACAAUGUUUGUUGAAGAACAAAAAGAAUAUCUCGAUGAAGGUCUCGAAUGGAAGUUUAUCGACUUCGGUUUAAAUAGUCAACCAGUAAUUGAUUUGAUAGAAAAACCGAAUGGAGUUCUAGGAAUUCUGAAUGAUGUGUGUCGUUUCGGUCGUGGAAAUGAUAAAACAUUAUCGGAUAGACUCAGAACUAGUCAUUAUGAGAACUCAAAAUUCAUUGAUCCUACUUCAAAAGCACUACAUGAUUUUUCGAUUGUUCAUUACGCCGGAGUUGUCGAUUAUUCUGUUGAUGGAUGGACAAAUAAAAAUAAUAGUGGAAUAAAUCAAUCGGUUGUAGAAAUUUUGGCAAAUUCGGAAAACGAAAUAAUGGCUGAUAUUUGGAGAAAUUCGCCGAUCUCUUCCAUGACAGACGCAAAUGGUGGAAAAGAAACUGGGCAUUCUUGUCAUAAAACAACGCAUCAUACAUCACUCAAAACUGUUGCCCAAGACUACAAACAUCAAUUAUCUGAUCUUAUAACAUUGUUAUCCAAAACAAAAAUUCAAUUUGUUAGAUGCCUGAAACCGAAUUAUGAAAAAGUUCCCGAAGUAUUCGAUCCUCUUUUGAUUCUGGAACAAAUACGGUGUAAUGGAGUAUCUGAAGCAAUCAAAAUAAGCUGCGAAGGCUAUCCCACAAAAAUACCCAUCCACGAUUUUUAUGAACGAUAUGGAAAAUGGUUUUCAAAUAGAAAACCAAGUAACUUGAAAAAUGAAUCUGAAUUUCCGAGAAGAUAUUCGCUCAUGAAAAAACGAUUGAAAAUCUGCAAAACCUUUUUGAUAAAUCAAAUGAAAGGUAUGAUGAACUUCAAGAAAAUUUUCGAAAAGCUCGAGAGGAUUUUUCGACCCAAGUUGAAGACCGUGAUUUGGAAGAAACAGAGAGACAGGAUUAUUGGAAACGUGAAAAACAGAGGUUGGAAGAAGAGAUCGAAACCGAAAGAAAAGCAAAAGAUAGUAUUUUUAAUAGUCGCAAACAAUUGGAAAAGAAUUUUUCUGAUAUGAAUGCGAAAUUUACUUCAUGUCAAUCCGAAAAUGAAAUGUCUAAAAAGACAUUGUGGAUUCUGAAAGAGUCAAACUCCAAUCUCAGAACUGAAAUUGGAGAAGUCAAUGCAGAAAAAGAUGGAUAUUAUGAUGAAAUUGCGAGUUUGAAAUUGAAAGUUACCGAUUUGGAGCAAAAAGUUGAGCAUUCGAAAAAAUUUAAUGAAGAUUGCGAGAAAGAAAAAGAAAAGCUGGAAUCCGAAAAGAGGCAAUUGGCUGUUUCUGUUGAAAAUUAUCGAACACUUAUACAUGGAUUAGAAACUAAAAAGAAGGAGCUUGAAAAUGAGAUAGAAGUGGAAACUUUGAAAAAUCGAAAUGAAUCCGAAAACAAGAAGAAGAUUGAAAGAAUUCAGAAAGAAUACGAUGAAAAUAGAAAGCAAUUGAGAAAAAGAGAAGAAGAGGCUGUUGAAAAAGAAAGUCAAUUGAAGAUUCUCAAAAAUUCCGUGAAAGCUGCAAGUAUGUUUUUCAAACAAUUUUGAAAAAAUUUAUUCAAUAUGCUAUUUUCCAGAUGAAACCAUCGACAGUCUUCGAAAAAAAGAAGUUGAGGACCAGAGAAGAUUGCUAGAGUCCAAUAUUUUUGGCUAAAGAAUCGUCUCUCGAAAUUAUUAGAUAUCAAGCUGAAAAUGAAAUCGUUAAAGCGAAGUAUGAGGGAAUUAAUGAGAGGUUCACAAAACUUCAAAGUGCACAAGUAGAAGAAAAGAACAAGGUAAAUUAAAAUAAAUUUAUGAAAUAGCUUAUGAUUUUUUUUGCAGUUGGAUGAUGCAAGAAGACAAAUAAGGCGUUUGAUAAGUGAAAAGGACAUGUUGAGAAUGGAGAAGGAAUCAUUGCAGAAGAUGUUCGACAAACUAAGACAAUCAAAAAACAUGUGA